CCUCCAUCGGGAUUCGGGAACAGAACGACGACGUGCGUGUGCGUAUAAUCUCUCGUUCUUCCUGGACCGCAUGCCGAUGGCCACGGCUCUAGGGUUCGUCCUCCUCACAGCGAGCUCGAUACUCGCGAUCCACAGGUCAUGGGGAGUAGACGCAGCCGCGACGGCCUCAGUCGUCGCGUCGUACGCCAGCCUCGCACUGCUCCUCCGCUUCCUGCGCGCCUUCGAGAGCGCUCCGCCCGGCUCGCCGGCCAGGGGCCGCGCCAAGGCCGGCGUCUGGCUCACGACGGCCUUGCUCACGGCGGCCUUCUCCUGGAGGACGACCGUCGCCCUGCUCGUGCCGUGGCCCGCCGGGGCCGCUGCCGUCUGCUUCAUGGGAGCUUCUACCGUUGCCGGCGGCUUCUACGCGCUGUUCCUUCUUCCUUCUUCGCGGGACGACAGCUAGACUGCUGGAGACCACUGAUCGAUGUAAACACUCCCAACAGGAUAUGCAUGAGAUCGUACGUCUUGUGUACAAAGUUGUUGUUUGAUCUCUCUCGUCGAACGUAUAUAUGUGUUAGAUUUGUUUUCAUUUCAACCGUGCUUUCUCCAUGCAUGUAUAGGAAACGUUUUUUUAAUAAAUACGUCUAAUUUGCUCAA